AUGGGGAAACAAGAAGAAGGCCAUAUUAAACGUCCUAUGAAUGCGUUUAUGGUGUGGUCUCGCGGCAAGAGAAAACAAAUAGCGCAAGUUAAUCCGAAGAUGCACAAUUCGGAUAUUAGUAAGAAACUAGGCGAGCAGUGGAAGACACUGACACCGGAGGAGAAGGAACCAUUCAUUGCCGAAGCAAAGCGACUACAGGCUGUACACAUUCAAGAACAUCCUGACUACAAAUACAAGCCGAAACGACGUAAACCACGGACACUAAAAAAAGAACCUCAAGGGAUUACAAUGUAUAAUCCCUAUGCAGGAGCACCGCUUAUGACCGUCCCUGAUAAAUACCAAACUACCGCGUUGCCACCAAACAUACCACAAGGCGCAAUGUCGUCUCUACCACCGUCCUACCCGAGUGAAGCACUUGCAAUGUAUACCAAAAUGUCUGCAGCAAGUUCGUACCAUCCUGACUACCCUACAUCAACCUACCCUCUCAUAUAUCAAUCACAAAGCAACGCAACGAAUCAAGUGAACUCUGUUGCAAUGAAUGGCCGCCCUAUAUAUUCAAAUGGUAUGGAAUACUAUCAAGGGAAUGGACUGAUUACUAACAAGGGUCUACCUGUACACAACGGCAGUGCUUACGUAACAAGUAUGCCUAGUCAUAUUCCAAAUCGAAUGGCGCCUUCGCCAGUAGAGGAUUCAAGACCCACAAUGGUAAACACCCCUCCAAUUGCAUCGUCCCCGAACAUGCACAUAGAACGAGUCAGCCCUUCAGUCUCGCAUAUCAAGUCAAUGGCGGAAUCAUUAGGACAGCAACGUGUCUGGCAACCGCAUAACGCAAGCAAAGACAUCUCUGGUCUACGUACUGCGGGUCUUGUACUAAAUAGCUAUUAA